GAGACUAACACACUCACUGUGCGAUGUUUUGUUAGGACUCUCUAAUGCGGGCGAUCGCCCUUUUACUCAGUGCAACAAAACAAAACCUGGCUGCAGCACCAGGGCAGAGUGUGGUUCGACCCCACUCCCACAUUGCAAAUGAAGAUCCAAGGAGAACUGUGAACAACCACAAAGUCCGGCUUGCCAAAGCGGAUUACUUGUUGCGGUCCAUUCCCCCCUCCAGGCAGGGAGCCAUGGUUUACGUCAGGCAGAAACAAAGGUAAGGGCGGGAGGAAGCGAUAAGCCACAUUCGCUUUUUACUGUGGUGUCGCGCUGAGGCUCCAAGUUGUUGCAUUUCAGCUGCAGCUGCUUCUGCAAAGGUGGAAUAAGCAGCCCUGACUUCAUCAUCUUGCCGUGGGCUGAUCGCUGCUGCGGUUGGAAGCACAGAAGAAGCUGGGCAGAGAAACUGCAGCGCAACUGAAGUUAACGAGCCGGUUCCCCUCUGUUUGGGCAAAAAAUAAGCUGUCUUGCUGUUCAGUGCCUGCUCGUCUUUGCCCACCCAUCCAGAUGGGUUUCUGCUCUAACAGCCCAGGCUCGGUAACCUUAUAAAAGACCAAUGUGUGGGUGAGAAGCUUCAGACUCCCUCCAGAUAUUUUGAAGUAGAGAAGAAGAAAUGAGUCUUGCAAAUGAUGGUGCAACAUUAUUUGACUGGGACUAUGUUCUGUGGGAAGUUCGUUUGAAGCUACUGGCAGCUGGCUUUUUUAUCUACCUGGGAGUAUUUCUUCUAGCUCACUGGCUGUCCUCAUGCAUCAGUGCCAGUUAUCGCACUUUGUCAGGAUAUGAGAAGGUCUUGUGGAACUUGGUUAUCACAGGUGCCCUGUUUGGAAUUCAGUGUUGUGUAGCUGGGUUGUGGGCCUUACUCAAAGAUCCAGUUUUUCAAGCUGACCAAGUGUAUUCACAGCAAAAUUGGAGCUGGUUUCACUGCUUAAUAGCUGCUGGCUUCUUCUUGUAUGAAAAUGUAGUUAUUCAUGUGUCUAAUAUUGUUUUCAGAAAAUUUGAUGUGUUCUUGGAAGUUCAUCAUUUAUUUGCCUUUGGUGGGCUUUUUGGUCUGAUAAUUAACAUAAAAGCUGGGCACUAUCUACCCCUGAUGGGACUGCUACUUGAGAUGAGCAGUCCUUCAUGCUGUAUCUCGAGGGUGCUUUCAAAGACUGGCUAUGGUAAUACCAUUUUUUGGAAGGCAAGCCAAAUGGUAGAUAUCCAUAUGGUUCACUGCCGCAUGGUCCUCAUUUAUCACAUGUGGUGGGUAUGUAUUUCUAAUUGGAAUGAUGUGGUGGAAAAUCUGGGACUUCCAUAUUCUGUUGUCUUUUUCUUGGGGCUAAGUACACUUACAUUAAUACUUAAUCCAUACUGGAUGUACAUAACUACUCAGCGGCUCUUCGGUCCAGUUGAUUGGAAUUCUUCAAAUACAGCAGUGAAAAAUGGAUCCUCUGAAAAAUUAAAUAGCGAAACAUUCCAAAAGAAGAAGAUAUAAUUCUGCAACAGUUAUUAGGGUAACAGUAAAAUAUGGCCAGAAGAACAUGGUGCAGUUUACUACCAAGUGCAUGAAAACAGAAUUGUUUACAAGAAGUCUAUGAAUAUAUCAAUCUCUUUGCAGAUUGCUAUCAGUGUACUAUACUCAUUUAUCAAAAGUGUUUUAAAAUUUUCUGUUGAUAGUUCUCUCUCUCUCUCUCUCACACACACACACACACACACACACACACACACACACACACUUAGGAUUUAUGCCAGUAAUUUUAGUCUAAGAACAUAAUGUAGUAAAAUCUCAUUCUGGGGGAAGUGGCAAGUAAGGCAUAGAAUGGUAAGGGAGGUGUCAUUUGAUUUAUAAAAAUCUACAGAAUCAUAAUUUCAAUGGCAGGAGGGAUUCACUGCCUCCCCUCCCUUCUGCCCCCCUCUGGUCCUACUGCUGGUGGAAAUUUUGAUAAUACAACUUCCUCAGAAAUGGGUUAAGUUAGGGCUUCUGAAUAAUAUCCUUCUUCCAUGAACACAAUGGCAAGAAACCCAAAACAAUUAUGUAGAUAUAUAUUUAAAUAUCAACUUUUUAAAAUUAUAUUUUAACACAGGAAUGCACUGCUUGCAUGACAAUGACAUUGACCUUUGGUAAUCCUAGGGACUCUAGCCUUGACAUGUAGAACUGAAAACAUUUAUUCGUCAAAGUCAUCAUUAGUGUCAUCUCCAUGUAUGGCUACACUGCUAGACACGUUGUCACAUUGGUCUUCAUCCAUGUGUCACACACAUCUCUGUAUAAGGCAAACGGUUGGCCAGACAUUUACAAGGUGGUGAGCAUUCAGUCUUUGCACAUGAUUUUUUGAUUGCACACCUAAAUCAAUCCUCUAGCUAUAGUUUUUCAUGCAUAAUUGGUGCGAUCAGUCCAUCCUCCAAGACCUAUUGGUGCCCGAUGGGAGAAGGUAGUUUGGGAUGGACUUGAUCGUCACCGAGCCAUUCCAUUGCUUGAUAAUUUGCCCUCUUGAUAGCAGAUAUAAAUGCAUCCCUUGUCAAUGGCAAUUUUUCUCCUUUUGUCUGCUGCUUACGAACAUCUAUCAACAUAGUUCCGCAAGUGUUGUAAUGUUGACCUUCAAAUGGUAAACUCGGCAUAUGAAUGCCUCUAGUGCAUUUAUGACCUCAUCAGUGAGUGUCUCAGCCAUUCUGAGCACCUUCAGGGCAAAGAGAGUCUUCAGAGGCUGAAUGAAGUGUCUUCCUGUAAAAUCAUCUGGUCUUUCUAGCCAUCCUUCCAGUACUGUCACAUUCUGAAAAGGUGUGGAAACUUGACAGUGUGGUUGUUGAACAGGCCUGUAAAAACCCAUGUCAUUUGUAUUCAGUUCUGAAGAUGUAUUUGUGUGUUCCAGUUGCAUAAGGAAUGUUAACUGAACUGAGCAAUUCCUGGGUCUAGGGUGACCAGAUGUCCUGAUUUUAUAGGGACAGUCCCAAUUGUUGGAUCUUUUUCUUAUAUAGGCUCCUAUUACCCCCAACCCAGUCCCGAUUUUUCACAUUUGCUGUCUGAUCACCCUACCUGGGUCUAGCAUGUAUGACUAAAUGGAUGCAUACAUGGGUCAUUCCCGCUGGCACUCAUGUAGUAUUGAGUUAAAAGAUGACCCUGUUGGAAUGUAUCUUUUUCCUGAAAUGGUGUGAUGUGGUGUGGUAUGUCCUGGGUGUCUGGAUCAUUUGAAGGUACAUCUUUUGUCUCUUCAGUGAAGAAGUACUCAAUGAAGCCGGCCUUGGUUUUUGCGUUUGGAGGGGCUGGGAUUAGCUGUAGUGCUGAGGAUGCAAAAGGCUAUUAGAAGGCUGAGCCCUAAUGGCCUUAAGCAGCUGGAUAGAUAUUUCCAUGGAGCAGUGCAGGUCUCUCUCUCUCUCUCUCUCUCAUAUUUUUAAACUAUUAAUAGGGGAAAAAUAGAUUUUGUAAAACUGAUUUUAUGAAACUUGUGAUGAACAGAAUUGCUUUUUUAUGCUGAUUUUCAAAUUUUCAAUCAAAAACUUUUUUUUUUUUUUAAAGGAAAAAGUAGGGAAAGAAAAUUUAGCAUAUUCCUGGAGCCAGUGUAAGAUGCUCAGGGCAGGAACUUUGUUAUAUUUUAUACCUGCUAAAGCUUCCUGCACAUCAGUGGUAUUUAAGGAAUAAUAUUGUUAACCUACCAGUGUUUGCCAGCGCAAAAGAACCAGAAAGAGAAGCUGAUAUGUAACUAAACUGAGUUCUUAUUUGGGAGGUUUGAGUGUUCUUGAGUCUUGUUAAAAAUGUAGGUAGGGGAUUAUUUUUAUUAAUGUGACUUUCACCUUGAUAGUGUACCUUGAGCACCCAGAUAUCAUUGGUAUAGUAGAAGAAGCUGGAUCAAAUUUCUUCUCUUUAUUUGAAGAAGGGUGGUGGGAAAAGAGGGAGGUUCAGAACAUGUUAAAGGGAAGGAAAAAGGAAAUUCUCCUGGUAUGUAUCCCUCUAAAAUAAUAAUCUCAACAUAUAAGUUUAAAUGUAUAGAGUUAUCUUUCUGUAUAAGUUGUGUGGUUCUCAUAUGAGCUGCCACUCGUAGACUGUUUGGUCGGGUUUAUUGCUGUUAUGCAGAUUUACAUAGAUCACUCUCAUUGCUCUAGGCCUAAACUGGUAGCAUCCAUUCUCUUUAGGUUUCUUUAGCGCUGAAGGAUGAGAGAUUACUCAUGCCUAAAUGCUACUAAGACUUUGUUACUGCUGUAGGCCCAGACUAGGUGUAGUUCAUUUGUUGGUUUUGCUAACGUAAAAUUGGAUUGCAGUACUCCUUUAGCAGGGCUUCAUCACACUCCCAUAUGGAAAAACUCUCAUUGACUUCAGUGAGAAUUGGAACAGGCCCUUAGUAUGUUGCUGCCAUCACUAAUUUUUGCCUAACUCCAAAUGUUGGUGAGUUAAUGUACUCCCUUCCCCUGUUCAAUGCUGCAGACUUAUCAUAUCCUUCAUCAAGAAUGGGCUUAAUUAUUGUAGUACUUUGUAUCAGCCAGUGCUACAUGACCUUUCAAACAGAUCAAAACACUUCAGCCAGGUAUCUGGUUCUAAUAGUCUGAUCGCAGCACUCAUGUGCUGUGUUCUUCACAUUGACUGUGUGAGGGUUUUUUGUUUUGUUUUAUUAAAUCAAUUUUUAUUCUUAUCUCCAAAGCCUACCAUUAUCUUUUCUAGCACCAACAACACAAACUUCCUUUUCUUAUAGAUUCCAGCCCAAACCCUCUUGCCAACUAUGUACAAAUCCUGUAAUUUUCUUCUUGUACAGUAAUUGAGAAUUUAUAUACUGUGCCCUUUCUUUCUAGAAUGCUCUAGCAUUGAUCUGAGGGAGACUCCCGCAUGACAUGGAUUUAGAAGUCAGUUUAAACUGUCUUUGAAAACACUUAAUGUAGUUAUACAUUGUAUUCAUUGUACAACAAAGAAUUUUUGGAUGUUAUGCCAUUUUUUGGCUUGCUUACAUAAAUAAGUAUUUUGUUGAAUAAUUAUAAUUUGUGUGACUCUUCCAUUCACGGUUUUACUGAUGAAAUGUCAUCUUCUUCAAUGUUCAAUAUUUUCCUUUGGUGACUUGCAGUGAUGAAAUAAGCUUUGCAAUAUAUGAACUAAAAGUAUCAUUUUGUGCAUUGACAAUGUUUUAUUACAUAUGUUAGGGAUAACUUCCAGUUCAGCAGCUGGGAAUAACUACAGUAUAAAUUUCUCAUAUUAAAAUAUUAAGGAAUAGGUAAAAAGCUGCCCACUUUUAAUGUAUUACAGGUUAUUAACAUCAAUGCAGCUUCACAAUGUUUGUCUUUUUAUACAAGUGAUUAAAAAAUGCACCACUUUGAGUUUAGUCCUUUGGUCUGUGUAUCAUAUGUUUCAGCUGUGUGGCCUGUGUCUGAGUUAGGCCCUGAUCCUCUGGACAUGCAUGGGAGUAACUUUACACAUGUGCCUAAGUACUUUCAGGUUUAUCUUAACCAAGGAGGAAGAGUUCUAGUGAAAUAAAAAUUACAAUUCAAUGUUUAA